AUGUCAUCUCAAGUUUCAACUGAAUCAAUUAUUAAACAAUUAUGUUCAGGAAUAUUAUCCGGUGGUACUAUUGGAAUAUUUAUAAGUAAAGGUCAAUAUGUUCUUUCAUAUUUAGCAUUUACUUCACUUGGUUUAAUUGAUAUUGCAUAUCAUUUGAAUUAUUUAAAAGCACAUAUAACACAUUUAACUUAUAAUCAAUUAACAACUCGUAGAGAUAUUAGAUCAAGAUUUAAUGAUUUACAACGAAAUAUACACAGAGAUUUGCGUGAUCCACGUAAUGAUUUCAAUCAAGAAUUAGAAUGGUUAUGGAGUGAUAUAAAAAGACAUAUUGAUGGACAUAUUUAUUUUGGAAUGGGUUUUACAAUAGCAUUUUUAUUGAGUGUUGUUCUUGUACCAAAAAAUCAUCGCUAA